AUGGCAUUUCUUUGUGGCGUUCUCUCGGCCGUCGGUGCCGUGACGCUUGUCGCAGCCGCGGUGCAGCUGGUAAACUUCCUGCGCGUCAACCUCUUCGGCGGCGCUGACCUGAAGCGCAAGUACGCCAAGGCCGGUGACUGGGCCGUCGUGACGGGCGCGACGGAGGGCAUCGGCUACGCAAUGACGCUGGAGCUCGCGCGUCGCGGCUUCAACGUGUGCGUCGUCUCCCGCACGCAGUCGAAGCUGGACGGGCUCGUCGCGGAGCUGGCGAAGCGGGGCGUGCAGGGGCGAGCCAUCGCCUUUGACUUCGCUUCCGCCGGCGACAAGGAGUACAAGGAGCUCUUCGCUCAGCUCGAGAGUCUCAACGUGGCCAUCUUGCUGAACAACGUGGGCGUCAACUACACCUACGCCAACUACUUCGACGAGGUGGACCAGCAGGAGGACCUGCGCAUCAUCAAGGUGAACUGCGAGGCGACGAUGCGCAUGACGAAGUUCAUGGUGCCGCGGCUGAAGGCGAAGCGGGCUGGCGCCAUCGUCAUGCUCGCCUCCAUCUCUGCUGUGUCCCCGGCGCCGCUGCUGUCGACGUACGCCGGCAGCAAGGCGUUCUGCCUCUCCUUCGGCGAGAGUCUCGCGUAUGAGCUGAAGGAGUACGGCGUCGACGUGCUCGUCGUCACGCCGAGCCUCGUGGUGAGCCGCAUGACGCAGGGCGCGAGCAGCCGCAAGCCGCGCGAGUCCUUUAUGAUGGUCGGCGCCGCCGCGAUGGCGCGGCAGACGCUUAACAAGCUUGGCGUCGUUACGCAGACAGCGGGUCACUUCAACCACGCGAUCGUGAAGUCGAUCGUCAAGCUGCUGCCUGAGUCCUUCGCGGGCGCGAAGGUGCUCGCGAUGCACAAGAACAUCAAGCGCAUCGCGGAACGCAAGCGGGCGGAGUAG